CACACUGCAAGCAGUAACGCAAUUCUCUCUGUGGCUGAUAAAGACGCCGUCCAUCUCCGGACAUUAACACCCCGCCUCCCGACGGUCCCACCCCCGCGCCGGCUGCGCCAUGUUACGCCGCUAUGCCGUUUGCAUUUGCUGUUACAGCGGCGAGAAAAGUGAGCUUGCUGGUGGGGGGACAGCAAAGAGGAUCGGCGGUGUCCGUGUACGGACGGAGGAGGGAACGCUGCUGUUUUUUUUUAAUCCCAAUUUUGGGCAUCGGAUGUAAUUCCAGGGCCGUCGCUCAUAUGGGAUUGUGAGCAUUGCACGCAUGGCUUAAGAUGACUGGGUGCAAGCUAUAGCCGUAUUUUCUCGCCCCCCGGGAGCCAGGAGGCCCUGCGGUGACUGUCUGAAGCUCGGGUGAUGAGGGUUUUUGUGGAGCUACGGACGAUGAAUUGAACUGGGAUUAUAUUCAAGCCCUCUCGUUUUUUCCUUCCCCCGCAUAUAAAUUGGACCCCCCCGGAUCUGUUUAUGUAGUUAUGACAGCACAUUUCCGCCUGCCUACUGGGAGAUCCUACGAUGUCCGAACGUCGGAGCUGGCACGAGACGGGCAGCACGCCGAGGUGGUCUGUAACAUACAUCUCCUGGACAACACUGUUCACGUCUUUAGAGUCAACAAGCACGACCAGGGACGCGUCUUGCUGGACAUAGUCUUCAAGCACCUGGAGCUCACUGAGAGAGACUAUUUCGGGCUGCAGCUGACGGACGAGUCCUCGGACAGCCCGAGGUGGCUGGAUCCCAGCAAGCCCAUCAGGAAACAGUUAAAAAGAGGCUCCCCACACACCUUCAACUUCAGAGUCAAGUUUUUUGUGAGCGACCCAAAUAAACUCCAGGAGGAGUACACAAGGUACCAAUACUUUCUGCAAAUCAAGCUGGACAUUCUCAGCGGGAGGCUGCCUUGUCCACACAGCACAGCCGCUGUUCUGUCCUCGCUGGCCGUCCAGUCUGAGCUGGGAGACUACAGCCACGUGGAGCAUCUGUGCGGCUACCUGGCGGAGUACCGCUUCAUUCCAAACCCGCCGGCUGACUUCGAGAAGGAGGUGGCCAAGCACCACCAGCAGCACGCAGGACUGACCCCAGCCCAGGCAGAGUUCAGUUACCUGAACACAGCAAGAACGCUGGAGCUCUAUGGGGUGGAGCUGCACUGUGCCAAGGAUUACAGCAACACAGAGAUCCAAAUCGGGGUGAUGUCCUCGGGAAUCAUCGUUUAUAAGAACAGAGUACGGAUCAACUGCUUCGCAUGGUUGAAGAUCAUAAAGAUCUCAUUUAAGUGUAAACAGUUUUUCAUCCAGCUUCGGAAGGAUUCGCAUGAGACGAGGGAAACACUGCUGGCUUUCAACAUGGUCAGCUACCGUGCCUGCAAGAACCUGUGGAAGGCCUGCGUGGAGUACCACACCUUCUUCCGGUUGGACAGGCCUGUGUCGCCCCAGAAGAAUUUCUUCAGCCACUACUUUACCCUGGGCUCCAAGUUCCGCUACUGUGGCAGAACAGAAGCGCAGUCUGUGCAGUAUGGCAAGGAGAAGGGUGUGAAGGACAGGGUGUUUGCCAGGUCUCCCAGCAAACCCCUGGCUAGAAAGCUGAUGAGCGAUAUGGACUGGGAGACGGUGAGCAGGAACUCGCUGUCGGAUGAGCGACUAGAGACCCAGAGCCUACCCAACCGCUCUCCCCCCGGUACCCCUAACCACAGGGACUGCAUGUUUGCGCAGAAUGGGGCCCGACAGCGCCCAUCUUCAGUGGGGCACUUGGUGGACCACACUGUCCACUCGUCUCCCAGUCAGGUCUUCUCCAACCACAAGUCGGCCUCCUCUACCCAAGCCAACAGCAUCAGCCUGGACUCCUCGCCGUCCCCUGAUGUCAGUGCAGACGGGCAGCCCCCAGCCCUGCCACCCAAGCAGUGCCGCAAGAGUUUCUAUGCCCAGAUCACGCAGGCGCACUCGCAGCAGGAGCUAGACAACCAUGUCGGCGAGAUGUACGACGUGCCAGCGGCAGGCGACAGGAACGCGCUAAAUGGCGCGGUUCCCCAUGAUAACCUCGUCCUGAUCAAGAUGAGGCCCGACGAAAAUGGACGAUUCGGCUUCAACGUCAAGGGUGGAUCGGAUCAGAAGAUGCCGGUGAUCGUGUCCCGUGUGGCUCCGGGGACACCGGCUGACCUGUGCAUGCCCCGGCUGAAUGAGGGUGACCAGGUCGUGCUGAUUAAUGGGCGCGACAUCUCGGAGCACACGCAUGACCAGGUGGUCAUGUUCAUCAAGGCCAGCUGCGAAAGCCACUCUGGAGAGCUGAUGCUGCUAGUGCGGCCAAACGCGAUCUAUGAUGUGGUCGAGGAGAAGCUAGAGGCAGAACCGGACUUCCAGUACAUUCCGGAGAAAUCAGCGGUGGACGUGUCGCAGCUGGACGGGGACGCGUGGCUGCGGGCCCUGCAGCAGCUGCGCGAUGACCUGAGCAGUGGUACUCUGCUUGCCCAGUUUGAUCAACUCUACCGGAAGAGGCCCGGAAUGACGAUGUCUUGUGCCAAAUUACCUCAGAACAUCUCCAAAAACCGAUACAGGGACAUCUCGCCUUAUGACGCCACACGGGUCGUUCUGAAGGGCGCAGCUGACUAUAUCAACGCAAACUAUAUCAACAUGGAGAUCCCGGCCUCCAGCCUCAUUAACCGUUACAUCGCCUGUCAGGGGCCCCUGCCCAACACGUGCCUGGAUUUCUGGCAGAUGGCCUGGGAGCAGGGCUCCUCCAUGGUGGUCAUGCUCACCACGCAGGUGGAGCGAGGCAGGGUGAAAUGCCAUCAGUAUUGGCCCAACCCGGGCAGCAGUACCAGCUAUGGCACCUUUCAGAUCGAGUGCCACACUGAGGAGGGCAAUUCUGCAUUCUUGGUGAGGGACGUAACACUCAGCAAUCUGGAGAGCGACGAGAGCCGGCAGCUGACCCAGAUCCAGUACGUGGCAUGGCCAGAUCAUGGCGUGCCCGACGACUCCACCGACUUCCUGGACUUCGUAAGGCUAGUGAGAAGCAGGAGGGCAGGCAAGGAUGAGCCAGUGGUGGUCCACUGCAGUGCCGGCAUCGGCCGUACUGGAGUGCUCAUCACCAUGGAAACGGCGAUGUGUCUCAUCGAGUGCAACCAGCCUGUGUAUCCGCUAGACAUCGUGCGGACGAUGAGAGACCAGCGGGCAAUGAUGAUCCAAACCCCGAGUCAGUACAGGUUCGUCUGUGAGGCGAUCCUGAAGGUCUACGAGGAGAGCCAGCCUCAGUCUGCGGACUCCACGCCAGAGGAGUGAAGUGCAAGGACAGCCCCACUGCGCCAGUGCUCCACCCUUUCACUCAGGCCGGACCCAGGAUCACAGCCGGCUGUGGGUCUUUUGUUUUUUUGUUUGUUUUUUUCAUGCUAGGAGAGACUGCCUAGAGCUGACCAUGGAGGUGCCAGCUGGAUUGGAGAAUCAGGGCCUCGAGACAUUGGAGAAACAUUAGCACUGUCGCACUUUAUGUUCUCAAAAGAAACUUCUGGAAGAGCAGUCACAGAAAAUCUGCAUUGGGUACGUUUAGGGGCCGCUUGCGGCUGUGUCUAUGUGCCAUAACAUUGAUGGACAGACCUUCAAAUAAGCACUCUCUGCUGGUGUUACCAAGCCUAACGUAUAAGUCCACAAAAAAAUGUUCUAUCAUCUAUCACGGUAACUGUAGCUACUAUUUUUUAACAUAUUUAUUGUUUUAGUUAAAUAUGAAAUGCUGUUCAUGUGAUUGAAAGAAAAAUUCCAUUGGUCCAAUCCAGUGCCCGUUUCCAGCUGUGAAUCAAUUUGUCACCCUGAGGCCUGAUGAUUUGGGGGUUGUUGUUCUUCUGUAAAAAUCCAUUUUGACUGUGAGCCCAUUUGCAGUGACCGUGGAGUGUUUUUGGGCAGGAGGUCCUCAGCCACGUUGUGUCACGAUGUAGGUAACCCCUCCUCACCUUUGACAGCUCUGUUUAUUAAAUGCUGGUGGAUUCAGGUUGCAAUUGUGAACAUAAUUUCUAUCCCAGUGAUCUGUUUUUCCAAGAAAAGAGUCUUUCGUCUUUUACAGCCAAUUCCUAUUAAGUCUGAGGUGUGAUGCUGAUAGACAACAUACUGGUACGUCGCUUAAGUAUAAUUUAAAUUAUUUUAUUUCACUCUGUUUUUAUUUAAUAACGUGAAGAGCAAAAUGUGGUCAAAUCUGAGCUCAAUAACCCCUUUCUCCUCACUAAAGAAAGCUGUGAUGACCAGUAACAUUACACAGUUGCGUUUGGGUGAUGGCUGCUGUGUAUUUUGUUUAAAUGUGAUAUUCUGAUUGAUUUCUUUCAACACCAUGACAACACAACACAGUAAGAGAGGGAGCACAUAUAUCCUACACAGUGUUUUUUCUUUGUUGUUCAGGGUUUAAGGGGGUUCUAAAAUGUCAUGUCACCAUGUUUCUGUUGCUGAGAAUGCUGGGGGUGGGUCACAAAGGUGGCUGCUGAGCCAGUUCAGCUUUUCAGAUGGUCCCUUUUAAUGUGCAUCGCGCAGAGAAGCAUCCAGACGAAAUGUACGGCCGCCUCUGCUGGAUCUGGCGAGCAGGUUCGCCAAGCCAGAGCGGAACGUAGGGUUUUAAUGCAUACUAUACAGCCCUAAAUACCGUGUGUGUGUAUGUGUGUGCGUGCGUGCUUGUGUGCGUGUGCGUGCUCCUGUGAGAGACGGACAGAAUUGCAGUGCCUGACUAUUGACGUCCUUAAUGGCUUUACUUUCACCGAUUGGGCACACUGCUCCUUUGCCCCACCACUACUGGGGGUCCCUGUUCAUAAUCCCUGCCCCACCCCUAAAUCUAUAAAAAUUGCCCAGCCUGCUGUCUUGGGAGCAGACCACAGGUUUUAGAUAGUAUUGAUCUGCCUCCAUCCUCCUCACAGCUCCUCCCAUCCUGCUCCCACAGCAAGGAUGAGGAUGGAGCAUGACUGGCCACUACGGUCUGUCCCCUUUCCAAAGCACACUGCCUUUUCUGAAAAUCUCUCAAGACCACUCGUGUCUCCACUGUCACUCACCAUCUCACUGACUCGUUGUAAGACAUUUAAAACUGAAGGUUCAGUAAGCUAAGGGUCGCAAUGGUGUGAGCUAUGGAUUCUCUGUGGGAUAUUAUGGGGUGGAAAUGGGGGCUUUAUUUUUACAUAACAAACUUCCUUCUUGUAAAUGGAUAGCACUCUGCAAUGGACUUCGUGGCUUUUGGUGCUACUUAAGUGAUCAUGAGGGGAAGAAAUGUUUGUUUUAUUUAUCAUAACUUUUUAAGGCAUCUUUUAGGUGAAAUAUAAACUGCAUAGUGCCACUUGUUUUUGUGUAAAUAAAGCUGAUCAUGUAAAUACAAUGUUAUAUAUAAAUAUAUAAUUAUAUUGAAAACUUUGAAAUAAAAAGGAAAAUCUUGUGA